GCUCAGGGCCGCUGCUUGGCGCGGCGAUGCUGAAGGCUGCGAUGUGGCCGGCGGGCAGCCCCGGCGCGGCGUGGGCCAGCGAGGCGCUGCUGGUGGCCGCGGCGCUGUGCGCGGCGCUGGCGCUGCUGCGGCGGCUGCGGCGGGCCGUGCCCGCGGGGCUGCGGCGGCCGCCGGGCCCGCGGGGCCUGCCCGUGCUGGGGAACGUGCUGGAGCUGCGCAGGGACACGCACCUGGCGCUGGCGCGGCUGAGCCGGCGCUACGGGGACGUGAUGGAGGUGCGCAUCGGCUCGCGGCCCGUGCUGGUGCUCAGCGGGCUGGACACCAUCCGGCAAGCCCUGGUCAGGCAAGGAGAAGACUUCAUGGGGCGCCCCGACCUCUACAGCUUCCACUACAUCUCCAACGGGCAGAGCCUGGCGUUCAGCCCCGACUCCGGGGAGGUGUGGAAGGCGCGCAGGAAGCUGGCGCAGAGCGCCCUGAAGAGCUUCUCGGCGGCGCCCAGCCCCACGUCGUCCUGCGGCUGCCUGCUGGAGGAGCACGUCUCCAAGGAGGCCGAGUACCUGGUCACCAAGUUCCUGCGGCUGAUGGAGGAGGAGAAGAGGUUUGACCUCAGCCAGUACGUGGUGGUGUCGGUGGCCAAUGUCAUCUGUGCCAUGUGCUUCGGCAAGCGCUACAAGCACGAGGACCAGGAGCUGCUCAGCCUGGUGAACAUGAGCAACGAAUUUGGGGAGGUGGCCGGGGGAGGCCACCCCGCCGACUUCAUCCCCGUGCUCCGGUACCUGCCCAGCCGCACCAUGGAGCUCUUCAAGGACAUCAACAGGCGCUUCAACGCCUUUGUGCAGAAAAUCGUGCAGGAGCACUACAGCACCUUCGAUAAGGAGCACAUCAGGGACAUCACGGACUCGCUGAUCGGGCACUGCCAGGAGAAGAGCGCCGGGGAGGACGCCCACGUCCAGCUCUCUGACGAGAAGAUCAUCCACAUCGUCAACGACCUCUUCGGGGCAGGCUUUGACACUGUGGCAACUGCCCUGUCCUGGAGCCUCAUGUACGCUGCCUUGUACCCCGACAUCCAGAGGAAGAUCCAGGAGGAGCUCGACCGGACCAUCGGGCGGGAGCGGCGGCCGCGGCUGUCGGACCGGGGCACGCUGCCCUACACGGAAGCCUUUAUCCUGGAGGUGUUCAGGCACUCCUCCUUCAUGCCCUUCACCAUCCCACACAGCACGACAAAAGCCACGGUGCUCAACGGCUACUACAUCCCCAAGGACACCUGCGUGUUCAUCAACCAGUGGCAAGUGAACCACGAUGAGACCCUUUGGGAGGAGCCCUCAGCCUUCAGGCCGGAGCGGUUCCUGAGCCCCACGGGGGAGCUGAGCCGCGCCGAGAGCGAGAAGGUGCUGGCCUUCGGGCUGGGCCGGCGGCGCUGCCUCGGGGAGGCCAUCGGCCGCUGGGAGAUCUUCCUCUUCCUCACCACGCUGCUGCAGCAGCUGCGCUUCAGCCUGCGGCCGGGGGAGCCGGUGGACGUGACCCCGCAGUACGGGCUGACCAUGAAGUACAAGAAGUGCGAGGCGUUCCGGAUCGAGCAGCGCGCUCCCGCCGACAGCUCCCCGUGAGCCGGGGCAGGCAGCCCCGAGCCGGACACUCGUUUGUGCCGAGGCACAGCCCUGGCAGUGCUGCUUAGCUGGUUCCCCUCCUGGGAACGGCGGCUGGGCUCUGUGGGACUCUUCCCAGCCCCUGGAGCCGGCUCCAUCACCCCUUCCCGCGGGGAUGGUCCCCAGGGUCUCCUGGGGAGAUCCAGCCUGCGGUGGGGAGGGGAUGCGGUGGGGUGUCCAAAUGUAAAUGAUGCUCUCCGAGGAGCCUGCCCGCGGGCUGAAAUCCUCUUUCCCGGCUCCCUGUGCCGCUGGGAACGGCGGCUUCCCGCUGCUUCAGGAGAGCUCUGCGGGCUGCAGCAGCGCCCGCCCAGAGGGGACCCACCCUGGUGCACCCACACACCCCAAUUCCCUGAAUGUAAACUCAUGGAGUGAAUUCCUGAUUGUUUCUAAUGAUUGUAAAAAAAAAAAAAACCAACCCAAAGCCAUCAUCCACCAGCAGUGCCUCUCCCAAAGUGAGAUUUUAAAUCAAUCCCUGCCAUGGAGCCUCCUGGAAAAUCUCAAAAGAUUGGGAAAGAAGGACAGGGAGCUGUAAGACACUCCCGGCUUUCAGACUAACUCUGUAAUUGCUGCCUUUUUAAAUAUCAGGGUUUGUUUUUUCUUUAUCAAGCAAUAGAUUUCUAUAUGCAGGUUAAGGAGCAAGGGUUUCAGGUU